AGUGAGAGAGAGAGUGAGAGUGAGAGCAUGAUGGUGGCUGUCAAAUGGGAAAAGAGACGUUGUUCUGGCUGCCUUCCAGUCAGUGUUACGGUGCAAGUCCGCCAUUUGAGGCCAUACUGAGGUGUUAAGGAAAGUGUGAUUAAAUGUGAAUUGUGUGUGGUUAGAGCGUGUUUUUUUGUUCGGUCUGACCACAAAAUCAGCAUUUGGGACAGGCGAACUCAAUCAAUUUUUUAUCAAUCUCUCUGAGAAGCCAGAUUGACAAUCCUCUCAGUCCCGUUUCGUUGGUCUCAUCCCGAACAUUCUUCUUUUUUUUUUUUUAAUUUUGCCAAUUUCUCUCUGGGGCCUCCGAUCGAAAGGGCCAGAAGCAUCAGACUCUCUCUGUCUCUGCUGCCAUUUCUUCUUCUUCAACACGGAAAAAAAAGAGAGACGUUUUUUUUUCUCUUCUCUCUGGAACACUCAAUGUGACGGAUGUGGCUCCUGCGAAACUUCAGAACUUUUUACUUCUUUUUUUUUUUUUUUAAAUUCGUUCCUUUCACAUUCAUCUGUGUAACCCUUUAAAUUUAAAAAAAAAAAAUCAAAUUCCCGGAGAGAAUCUUCAGUUUAUCCUUGGUGCUCACAGGGAUAUUGCAAAACAAAAAGAAAUUGACGUUGGAAAAGGAUAAAUUUCCCGGAUUUAUCAAUACAAUUUGUUUUGUUUUGCUUUUUUUCCUUCUGUUUUUUUUGAGGACUAUUGAAGACUCAGAGAAAAAGAGCAAACCACGAGGUUUCCAGACUCUCAAAAUUCAGUUUCUGCCAAAAACAAAAAAACAAAAGAAAAAUUAAUCUUUUUGGUGUUGAAUCAAAGCUAGACACAGGUGCGGGAGCCAAUAAGAGAAAAAGGGGCAGAUGAUCUGCUGAAGUGGCUUGGAAGGGCCACCAGGUAACCUCUGUAAAGACUUUCCCUGGAGCACACCCACCUGUUUAAUGAGUCAAACAUUGUCGGAGCUUUCACGUAGACUUGAGAAUGCCCUCGACAAAAACUACAAUGUGCUCGAUCUGUCGGCAGCAAUGGAGGUGGUUGAAGUGCUGGAGAGCACUGUGGUCACAAUUGAACAGUUGGAGAGUACCCAGCUGACGAGAAGUAUCAAUCACAUGAGACGUCGAACUAGUAAUGAACAUCUGGCACGACGCAUGAAGAACCUCCUCAAAAAAUGGCGUCAGCUUCUACCUCAAGUUCCUGUUCAAUUGCCAAAUGGAACAGCUGAUAAGGUUAGGCGCAAUGGGGCACCAGAUCCUGAAGAUGAUGAAGCCAUAAGGAGACGAAAGAAACGACGGAAACAGGUGGCACUGGAUGAAGAUACCAUUCAAGCACCCCCUCAACUACCCCCUUUGCCAGAAAGUGCAUCAAAUAGCAGUACAGAUGAAUUAAACUUCCGUGGACGCUUUGGUCCAGCUUCACCGGUUCCACCGCCUGACAUUAGCAGCAGCAACAGUGGCAGCGCCUUUCGUGACAGCGGAAGUGUCAGUCCGCAUGAGAUGGCGCCACAAAUGUCAGCUGUGACAGUUUUGCCGGCAGCGGUGCCAGUGAAGCGACGAGGACGCAAAAAGGGCAGUCGUGGUGUUGAUGCUAGCAUCAGUGAUGCCUACGAUACGUCGCCAUAUUUGGAGUUCAAGCACAAAGUGGCAUCAGGACCGAAGAAGGUGAAGACAACCAAAGAACUCCUGGCCGAUCUGCAGAAUCGCAAACUCAAUUCAUCUGCAACAUCGUCGCCCAUUUUGACAGUUAGACCACCAUCACCAACACAAAUUCUCCAUUCAGAUGGCUCUCAGUCGCAUGAGCCGUACGCGGAGGAGGCACCAUCGACGGAAGGUGAACCGACAACGGAGGAACCAGAAGCGCCAUCUGGUGACAGUGGUGGGGGCCAAUUGGACGUUGAAGAGGAAAUCAGGGAAUUGCGACGGCAACUGCUGGCACUGGCGGACGAUCAGGCAAUUGAUGAGGAAGUGCCUGAGUCAACGUGCUCGUGCACUUUUGUUGAGAUCGAUGAGACUGAGGUGGUGGGAGGAGGCGGAGGAGAGCCACCUACAUGGUUAGAAGUGGGAGGAGGGGGAGAAAUUGGAGGAGCAAAGGCGGCUGUGACAACGGAGAAGGAGGGAAUAGAUACCAGAAGACCACCACCAAUUAGGUCAAUCUUUGAUCUCGAUGAGACUGAUGAUCACAGGAUUGAGAAGGUGCCGACAGAUGCUGCUGCAGCUGGCGUGGUCUCAACCAAUCCCACCUUCCCCACUUUCAAGUGUAUUGAGGAUCCCGAGUGUCCGGCCAACCGGGAAGUUGGCCAUGUGACAUCUGAGGACAUUUUGGCACUCCAUUCACUACCACUUGAGCAUGUAAAUGGUAAUUGGAGUAUGGUGGGAGUGCAUCAUAGUGGUGACACAGUAGUGACGCCGCCAUCAUUGCAACUGUCAAAUGCAUGUGACAGUGAUGGUGGAGUGUAUGAACGUGUUGUACCACAAUACAAUCACAUUGUGAUGGAUAGGAUUCCCAAGUGUCCACCACCAGAGGGCAUUAGGUGGCAUCGGAAGUGUCCAAAGGCAAAAAAUAAUAAUCCCGAGGAUUCACUGAUGGUGGCGCCACAGGCGAAUAGAGUGUUCAGGGAGUGGUUUGAAACAGUCCAACUGCCCUCAUACAAUGACGAACUGUUGACCAUAUUGCCUUAUGUUGUUAUCGAUUAGGAAAAAAAAAACAAAGUAAAAAAAAAGAGGAUAAAGUGAAAAAGUGAAAAAGAAUAAGUAAGAAAAAAAAAAACAAAAAGUGAGAAAGAGUAAAAUAAGAGAAAAAGUGUGAAUGUGUGUGAAUUACGGUGACAUUCCCUCAAUGGAUGAGGUGCUUGUGUGUGUUUAGGAAAAUAAUUAAAAAAAAAACAACAAAAAAAUGAAUUAAAAAAUGAAUUAAAUUAAGAAGAAUCCUGAGAAUAAAUUGUAGCCCAUGGGGCACACGUGGACAUCA